AUGCAUUGGCGUGCAAACCGUUGCUCUUUAAAGAGCAACAACAUAAUAGCUAAAAAGAAUUCAGGUUCAUAUUUUUUUCCUCAACAAACGCGAAAUGUUACGUAUACAAAAACUCCUUCUCAUACAACAGUUCCUUUAACUGCAAAUUCAUCGUCUUCAACAACUACUCCUCCACAUCCGCUUUCCACCGUCUCUAUCACAGGCUUAAAAGCAAAUUCAUCUAAUUCAGCAACGCCUCCACGUCCACUUUCCACCGUCUCUAUCACAGGCUUAGCGGACUCCAUCCAAUUUACCUCACUACAGCCAAACAACCGAAUUCUAGAUCAAUACGCUUCUCAACCUGUUCAUACCAUAACGCUUCGUCAACUGGUGUUCUUUGGAAGAAAUUUAUCGGAGGAACGAUUAAUACAGAGUGGAAAUUACGUUCGUACCGAACUACCCAUACGUCUCGCACAUCGUAUACGUGAUUUUCAAAAUCUUCCCUUUAUUGUGGGAACGAAUCCACACAUAGAAAUGGUAUAUGGUUUGUAUUGGUCGGCAUUCGAAAAACUACGACAAUUCCCAAAAAUAAAUACGAUGGAAGAUAAUGACGCGUUUUGCGCGACUGUUAAAGAGCUGCUUAAAGAACACUUGGUGGUGAUUCCACAACUAGCGAUGGGUAUGAACGAGUGUUCUGAUCAUAUACCUGAAAAGCAAAUCAAUCUGUUUAUGAACAAGAUGUUGCUUUCGCGAUUAUCAAGACGCGUUUUAGCUGAACAGCAGAUUGCAUUGACUGAGAAUUGGCAUGAUCCCGGUUAUUGCGAAGGAAUCACGAAUGAUGGAUAUAUUGGCGUGGUGUCAACGCGUUGCAAUGCACGAGAUAUCGUGACGGAAGUAGCUAAAAUGACUCGGAAACAUUUUCAAAAUAAAUAUAGAAUUGUUCCACCGGAUGUUUUAUUAGAUGGUGAACAAGACAUUACAUUUACUUAUAUUCCAGAACAUAUUGAAUAUAUUUUAUAUGAACUUUUGAAGAAUUCGAUACGUGGGAUAAUUGAGAAGCAUGCGCCUGCUUCUUUAAUAUCGGAUAACACAACAUCAAUACCUAAAUCAUUUUCGUUUCCACCAAUACUCGUGACUAUAUGUUCUAGCCCAACAGAUAUUCACUUUCGCGUAUCUGACCAGGGCGGUGGAAUUCCCGAUGAAAUAUAUUCACACAUUUGGUCAUUCUCAUCCUCACAUAAAUUUAGCGACGGCAAAAAAAACGGGUAUAAAUUUGUAAAUUUCGAAAAAGUACCAAAAAUGGCAGGGACUGUUGAAGAGCAAGAAGGCGCAAGGAUUCCACCGUUACUGCACCUGGGCAUUGGAUUGCCGUUGAGCAAAGUAUAUACCGAAUAUUGGGGUGGUGCGUUGAAGAUUAUGACUAUGGAUGGAUAUGGCACCGAUGCCUACAUAAGAAUUGCGAAAUUAGGAAAUCGUGAAGAGAAUUUAUUGUAA